AUGGCCUGCCGGGGUGGCGGCUGCAGCUGCGGCCCGGGCCACCUGAACGAGGACAACGCGCGCUUCCUGCUGCUCGCCGCGCUGCUCGUGCUCUACCUGCUGGGCGGCGCCGCCGUGUUCUCGGCGCUGGAGCGGGCCCACGAGCGCCAGGCCAAGCAGCGCUGGGAGGAGCGCCUGGCCAACUUCAGUCGCCGCCACAACCUGAGCCGGGAGGAGCUGCGCGGCUUCCUCCGCCACUACGAGGAGGCCACCGAGGCCGGCGUCCGCGUGGACAACACCCGCCCGCGUUGGGACUUCACCGGCGCCUUCUACUUCGUGGGCACCGUGGUGUCCACCAUAGGGUUUGGGAUGACGACCCCAGCGACAGUAGGAGGGAAGAUCUUUCUGAUCUUUUACGGCCUCAUUGGGUGUGCGAGCACCAUCCUGUUCUUCAACCUCUUCCUGGAGCGCCUGAUCACCGUCAUCGCCUGCAGCAUGAAGUCGUGCCACCAGCGACAGCUCCGGAGACGGCGGGCCCUGCCCCAGCACAGCCUGAAGGCCCCGGGGAAGAGCGCGGUGGGCGGCCUGGCCGGCUGGAAGCCCUCCGUGUACUACGUCAUGCUGAUCCUGUGCAUGGCCUCCGUCCUCAUCUCCUGCUGCGCGUCUGCCAUGUACACCUGCAUCGAGGGCUGGAGCUACUUCGACUCCCUGUACUUCUGCUUUGUGGCUUUCAGCACCAUCGGCUUUGGGGACCUCGUCAGCAGCCAGAAUGCCAUGUAUGAGAACCAGGGCCUCUACCGCUUUGCCAACUUUGUCUUCAUCCUCAUGGGCGUCUGCUGCAUCUACUCCUUGUUCAAUGUCAUCUCCAUCCUCAUCAAACAGUCCGUGAACUGGAUCCUGAGGAAGAUGGGUGGCGGGUGCUGCCGACAGUGUCAGAGGGGACUCCCGCGGUCACGGAGGAACUUGGUCAUGCCGGGCAACAUCUCCAUAGAAACGGAUGGGGCGAUGGAGAGUGACACGGAUGGGCAGCGUCCCUCAGAUGGACAGCAUCCCUCGGAGGAGGUGAUCUCCAUGAAGGACUUCCUGACGGCCAACAAGGUCUCGCUGGCCAUGCUCCAGAAGCAGCUGUCCGAGUCGGCCAACGGCUGCCAGCACCAGCCCGGCACGCAGCCUCGGGACAGCGAGUUCUCCGGGGGGGUAGGAGCCUUCGCGAUCAUGAACAACAGGCUGGCAGAGACAAGUGGGGACAGGUAG